AUGGCUGAUGAGGACCAGGCUGGGGGCACGGCAGCCCCGUGGUGCGUGUCCCACGACGUGGCCACGGCCAGCAGGGCCAUGGGAGCCAUCCUGGCCGUGCUGGCCUCGCUCAUCCUGGCCGCCAACGUGCCGGUGGCCAUCGUCCUGCUGUGCCACAUCCACAGGAGCGGCUCCAAGGGGCUCUGCUUCGUGCUCAACCUCGCCCUGGCCGAUGCCAUGGUCGGCUUUGCAGUCAUGGGCGUGGCUGCGGAUGAGCUUUCCCAGCCCUUUUAUCCUUCCCAGAACUUCUGCGUGCUGAGAAUGGCUUUUGUGACCUCUUCGUGCGCCGCCUCCAUCCUGUCCCUGAUCCUGGUGGCGUGUGACAGGCACCUGGCCAUCAGGAAGCCUUUCCACUACCUGCAGCUGGUGACAGCCCUGCGGGUGGGGCUGUGCCUGCUGGGGCUCUGGCUGCUGGCUGCCGUCCUCGGCUUCCUCCCGGUCUUCAUCCCGCGCUUCCAGAGGGUCUCCAACCACUGGAAAUGCUCCUUCUUCAACGUCUUCCACCCUUCCUACAUGCUCACCUUGUUCUGCCUCGGCUUCUUCCCCGCGCUCUUCCUCUUCUUCUACCUGUACUGCGACAUGCUGAAGGUGGCCUGGGGGCACGAGCGGCACAUCCAGCAGGUGAAGCCGGCGGGGCUGGCGGGGGGCGGCCCCGCUGCCCCCCGCGCCGGCAGCGACACCAAGGCCAUGCGCACGGUGGCCGCGCUCAUCGGCUGCUUCACCGCCUCCUGGCUGCCCUUCUUCAUCGCCAGCGUGGUGCAGAUGCUCUGCCCCGAGUGCUUCCCCUACAGGCUCAUCGAGAACUUCCUCUGGCUGCUGGGGCUGGGCAACUCCCUGCUGAACCCGCUGCUCUACUCCUACUGGCAGAGGGACGUGCAGCUCCAGCUCUCCCAGCUGGCCGCAGCUCUCAGGAGGAGGGUCCUGCUCCACCUGGGCCACGGUCGGUGCUUCCCUGGCAGAGACACCAAGGCUCUCCCUGCUGUGUCCUGCCUGGAGCUGCAGGACUGA